AAAAAUGCUGAGUAGGUCAGCGUGGUAAAAAUACUGAAACAGAGUGGAGCUAAAAGUCUGACUCUGCAAGGAUGAGAAGAUCAACAGCAGUGAUUUUUACCCUUUUGGUUUCAUUUAUCUGCAGAACAUUAGGAGAGACAUGUGCAGAAAAUUGUGGGAAAAAAUUGAACUCUUGCUCCUGCCACCCAACUUGUGGGUCUCUUGGGUCCUGCUGCUCUGACUACAAAGAGUCCUGUGUAAAUACCUCUCCGUACUCCGGGUCCAUACUGGGUGGAACAGACUUUGUUGUCCUUGAUGCGUAUUUCAACAAGAGCUCUGACAUUGUUUGUAGAUUUCAUAAUAAAACUAACACUGUAGGGUACGUGGAUGAAGAAGGUAGAGGCCAUUGUAUUUCCCCACUGUUAUACGAAACCGGCUGGAUUUCUUUGCAUAUCUCCUCAGAUAACGGCACUAGAUUCAACAGAGCUGGAUCCUGGCUUUCAGUUCACACGGGCAAGUUAGAUUCUCGAUUCAAAGCUAUUUUGGUGAACUCAACAAAGUGGCAGUACUAUGGAACCCCUAACGUUGGAGGCAAUCUUCAGAUGACGUGGAAUACCACUUUAGUCAAUGCAGAAAAGGUCAACAUAGAGCUCUGGGGAUACAGAGAGACAGGAGAGCCCUACUCAGAGUACUGGCAGGGUGAAUGGCUUUAUCUGUAUUCCCUUGCCAAGGAUCACCUCAACAACGGCUCCUUUAGCUUUUUUCCCAAAAUAGCGGAGGAUGGCUUUUCAAGUUGGGAGCUUGGUGCCCUUCGUGUCAGCUCAAGCAGCUACCCGAAUGGCAUGUGGAAUGUGCAAGCUGCAUGGAGUGAGGAUCAUGCUCUGGCCUGGCAUCUAGAGGAAAGCUUCAGGCAGAACUCAACAGGAUGGGCUCUGGAUAAGUGUUUAGACUGGGAUCAGCUGGAAAAUGAGCUACCUGACUUCCUCGCUGAGAUCAUUGACUGCCCAUGCACUCUGGCUCAAGCAAGAGCAGACACAGGGAGGUUUCAUACUGAUUAUGGCUGUGAUAUAGAGAAAGGGAGUGUGUGCACAUACCACCCAGGGAGUGUUCACUGUGUGAGGGCAAUACAAGCCAGUCCUAGAUAUGCAGCUGGACAGCAGUGUUGCUAUGAUAGCACUGGCGCUCAGAUCCUGACAGCAGACUCGAUUGGAGGUAGUACUCCAGACCGGGCUCAUGACUGGGGGUCACCUCCUUUUAAGAAACCCCCUCGGAUCCCUGGACUGUCCCACUGGAUUUAUGAUGUUCUCAGCUUCUACUACUGUUGCCUCUGGUCUGACAAUUGCCACUACUACUUCAAACGCCGGCCCUCCAGUGACUGCAGACGCUACCAGUCUCCCAGCUCAGCUGUGGUGUUCGGAGAUCCACACUUUAUUACAUUUGAUGGUGUCAGCUACUCGUUCAAUGGCAAAGGGGAAUAUACUCUGGUCAUAUCAGAGGAGAAACAGCUGAUAGUUCAAGGCAGAACAGAGCCUGUGAAGGAUUCAGGAACAACAAUAAAGGCAACAAAGUUGACGGCUGUAGCCAUGAGAGAAGGGUUGUCCGACAUUAUAGAGGUGCGGCUUGAUGGCAGAAAUGAUGGCCUUGAAGUAUUGCGUAAUCAGCAAACCAUGUCCUUUGCAGAGCAGACCUGGAUGGAUUUACAGGGCGUGUUUGUGUUUUCUCCCACCUCUACAAAUGUGACCAUAAUGUUUCCGUCUGGAGCCGGGGUGGAGGUGCGGCGUAGAGGGGAAACUAUGACCACCACUGUCCUCCUGCCAGAGGAAUUUAAAGACUCCACUCUUGGACUGUUGGGAAAGAUGAACGGUGACGCCAAAGACGACCUAGCCCUCACCAAUGGGCAGCUAGUUCAGAACCACAGCAACCCAGAGGAGCUGUUCAACUUUGGGGCUAGCUGGGCGGUACAGAACACCUCUGCUUUGUUUACAUAUGAUUCAGAAUAUCUUCUGAGCACAUAUUAUUUUGUACCAAGACAUGAUACGAGUUUUAUUCCAGUAUUUUCUGUCCCUGAGAAUCCGGAUGAUCCACUGAACAAUCAGGCAGCUGAUAUAUGCAUUGGAGAGGGAUCUCAGUUCUGUAGAUACGACAUUCUCGUUGGCCGUAGCCCGUUGAUGGGAAAUGCUACCAGAGUUUCUUUCCAGAGUCACGUUUCUCUGGUGGAUGAUCUAAAGCCUGUGAUAUCCUGUGGAUGGCUCCCACCACCUACUAGUGGGAAAAAGCAGGGUACCACCUACUUACAGGGAGCUAAGGUGCAAUUUUCUUGUGAUGAGGGCUAUACGCUUAGUGGAUCAGCAGAGCGCACAUGCCAGAGCAACGGCAAAUGGUCUGGAGAAGAUACGAGCUGCCUGAUUUCCAAUAACAUUGCUGGAAUAGUGGCCGGUUCAGUCAUUGGAACCCUGACACUGAUUGUAAUUAUAACAACUAUUUUUCUCCACUCCAGAAAACAGAAAAGGAAAACUACAGAUUCAGAAGAAGAUGGAAGAAGUAACAAAUCCUAAUUUCAGUCCUGGAUGCAAUAUUUUAUCUGCGCUGACAAAAUGUGCUGGUCUUAAAGAUAAAUACAUGCACACACAUAUAAAAACAAUGAUAAUUCUCAGAAGGUACAAACAAAAGUUCUGUAUUGAUAUUAUUCUUGUGAGCAGACCAAUACAAACAACGUACGCUUUGACUGUAGGCAUGUAUGUUUUUCUGAAAUGUACAAAUAAACACCAGAAGUUUUAAAGAAUGA